AUGUCGGUCAAGGACAUACCCUACAAUACCAUCACUACUACCACCCCCUCGCAACCCAGCACAACCAGACCCAUCACUACCAUUGCUACAACCAACCACAACCAGUCCCAUCAGUACCACCCCACAACCAACCACAUCAAAACCCAUAACUACCAACCCCCACAACCAAGCACAACCAGUCCCAUCAACCAAUCACUACCUCACCCCACAACCACACCCAUCACUAUCAAUCCCACAACCAGACCUAUCACUACUACCUCCACAACCACAGACCCACUCACUAUCACUACCACAACCACAACCAGACCUAUCACUACUACAACUAUCAAUACAACCACACCCAUCACUACCACCCCACAACCACACCUAACACUUACUACUACCACUCUACAACCAACAAUCACAACUAGACCUAUCACUACUAACCCCACAACUACACCCAUCACUACUACUUCCACACCUAUCACUACCACCCCUACAACUAACACUAAUCCUAUCACUACUACCCCUACAACCACACCUAUCACUACUUCACCACCACAACCACACCAGAUCACUACUACCACUAAUCCAACUACAACCACUCACCUAUCACUACCACAACCCAUCACUACCAACCCCACAACCACACCCAUCACUACCAACCCCCACAACCACACCCAUCACUACACCACAACCCCCACAACCAGACCCAUCACUACCAACCCACAACCAGACCCAUCACUACCACCCCACAACCAGACCCAUCACUACCACCCCCCACAACCACACCCACCACACCCUAUCACUACCAACCCCCACAACCAACACCCACAACCACACCUUAUCACUACCACUUCCUACACUACCAACCACACAACCAAACCCAUCACUACCACCCCAACCCUUCACUACCACCCCCACAACCCAUCACAACCAAACCCAUCACUACUACACCGACUACCAACCACAACCACACCCAUCACUUUCACCCCCACAACCAGAACCAUCACUACCACCCCCACAACCAGACCCAUCACUACCACCCCCACAACCACACCCAUCACUACCAUCCCCACAACCACACCCAUCACUACCACCCCCCUCACAACCACACCCAUCACUACCACCCCACAACCAGACAAUCACUACCACCCCUACAACCAACACAAACCAUCACCACACUACCAUCCCCACAACCAGACAAUCACUACCACCACCCCACAACCAACCACAACCAGAGACACCACCACUACCAUCCCUACAACCAGACAACCACACUACCACCACCACAAACCAACCACAACCAGACCCAUCACUACCACCCCCUCAACCAACCACAACCAGAGACACACACUACCAUCCCCACAACCAGACAAUCACUACCACCCCACAACCAACCACAACAACCAGAGACACCACUACCACCACCCACAACCAGACAAUCACUACCACCCCUCAACCAACUACACAACCAGAGACACCACUACCACCCCCACAACCAACCACAACCAGAGAGUCACCACUACACCCCUCACCAACCAACCACACCACCAGAGACACCACUACCAUCCCCACAACCAGACAAUCACUAUCACCCCACAACCAACCACAACCAGACCCACCACUACCAUCCCCACAACCAGACAAUCACUACCACCCCCUCAACCAACCACAACCAGAGACACCACUACCAUCCCCACAACCAGACAAUCACUAUCACCCCCUCAACCAACCACAACCAGAGACACCACUACCACCCCCACAACCAGACAAUCACUAUCACCCCUCAACCAACCACAACCAGAGACACCACUACCACCCCCACAACCAGACAAUCACUAUCACCCCCUCAACCAACCACAACCAGAGACACCACUACCAUCCCCACAACCAGACAAUCACUAUCACCCCCACAACCAAGCUCAAACAGACUUAUCACCAACCCUACAACCACCACAACCAGACCCAUCACUACCACCCCCGACAAUCACUACCACCCAUAAUAACCAACCAUCUUCCCUGUGUGAAUGUUGUCCAGAGACAAGUCAGUGA